CAGUUUGCAUUUGCCCUGUAACUACUGGGAGGAGUCCUGAUUUGUGUAUAAAAAGCUGCACUUUGCCGAACAUUGUAACAGAAUCAAAUUUAGGGAUUCACUCACCCAUUCUCUGCGGGGAGAGAGAGGACUGAGCACAGCCAUGUUCGGGAUUGGGAAGAAGCUUGCUGAGGAAGCCACGCAACAAGCUGAAAGCACUGCACAGGCGGCAGUAAAUACAGUGGGCCAGACUGUGCAGCAAGUAGUGGAACAGGCUAAGGAUGCUGGUCAGAAAGCUCUUGAUGAAGUCUACAAAGUUGCUGAAACGAGUGAAAAAGCUGUAAAAGAUGUAGCGAAUCAAGCAACUUCAUGGGGCAAAGGCUUUGGACAAUGAAGAUAAAAAUGUACCACCACUGAAAUUUUUGUAAACAAGUUUCUACCACAUGUACUCUUAAAUAAAGAAAAACUUAUACUCUA